ACAGCAGGUUGAUGAAAAUGUUUUAUUAUCUUCCAGAUCUUCAUGUGAACUACCCAGAAAGACUCUCUUUUUAUUUAUAGAUUUCACAAACACUCUCUUUGAAAGGACGGCGCUCUGUUGUAACAUGCCAUAUUUGCAAGAACUGAAUGAAGGGAAUGGAUUUUGCCACUGGAGAUGGGUAUGAAGCUUCGGUACAACUGAUUGGGAUUUUUUAGAGAAAACGUUAUUUUUUUUCUAAAGGCUUGAGUGGUUUUUCCCUCCUCAUUUGCUGUUCUACGUUUGUUUUUGCGUUUUGCUCGGGUCUCCGCCGUCUUGCUUUUUGCGCAAGUUGUAGUUAAAGUUGUAGUUUCUUGGUUAUGUUAGCGGUGGGGCAAAUGGACGGGUCUCGCCAGAGCGCUUUCCUACUCAAUACCCCACCUUUGGCUGCUUUACACAGUAUGACCGAAAUGAAGACACCACUUUACCCAGCCUACCCGUUAUCUUCCACUGGACCAGCAUCCUCCACUUCACCGACAGCUACCUCUCCGAAUCCAGGUGGUAUCCCGGUCUCGUCCCCGGGGAUCAAAACAUCCACUGGACUUUCGACUCUCGUAUCACAUCAGCAGUGCUCGGUCGCCACACCUCACGGAAUAAACGACAUCCUCAGUCGACCCUCGGUGGUCGCCGGAGCAGCAGCGGCGGCGGCGGCAUCUUCCCCCGCUGGAAUCUUGUCUGGACUGCCCCGUUUCAGCAGCCUGAGUCCUCCGCCUCCUCCAGGGCUGUAUUUCAGCCCCAGUGCCGCGGCCGUGGCGGUGGCUCGCUAUCCGAAACCUCUGACAGACCUUCCAGGCAGAACCCCGAUAUUUUGGCCUGGAGUUAUGCAAAGCCCUCACUGGAGAGACGCCAGAUUUGCGUGUUCACCACAUCAAAACUCAGUGCUGCUGGACAAAGAUGGGAAAAGGAAACACACGCGACCGACGUUUUCCGGGCAGCAAAUUUUUGCUCUGGAAAAAACAUUCGAGCAAACGAAAUAUUUAGCUGGACCUGAGAGAGCACGGUUGGCCUACUCUUUAGGAAUGACAGAGAGCCAAGUCAAGGUUUGGUUUCAAAACCGAAGAACAAAAUGGAGAAAACGGCAUGCGGCUGAAAUGGCCUCGGCGAAGAAAAAGCAAGAUUCAGAGACCGAAAGGCUGAAAGGGGCUUCGGAAAACGAAGACGACGACGACGACUACAACAAACCUUUAGACCCAAACUCGGACGAUGAAAAAAUAACCCAGUUACUGAAAAAACACAAACCGAACUCAGCUCUUAUCAUUCACACGUCGGAAAACGAGAGCUCGUAAAAUGGAAACGGGAAAUGGGUUGUCAAAUUCUUCAAGAAGUGUCAAAAAUAAUAAUGUAGGCUACUGUUUUUCACCAAGUUUGAGCUCUGGUUUGAGAGGAAGGAUGCAAAUCAGAGGAAUAUGCACUAUUGGUGGAGCUGAACGUGCGUCAGUGUCUGCAAUAGACACGUUUCGACAAAAAGACAACGGUACUUUUUUUGUAAAUUAAAAACGGCGUGAGUUGUAUCGCAUAGGAAUUAUAUUACUGUGAAUAUUUAUGUGUAAAAUAUUUUGAAUAGUAAACAUGGCAGAAUUCGUUUAUUUCGCUUCAGUUUAAUUUUUGGUUUAGGCUUUGUGAUUUGCAUUUUCAUAUCAUUAAUUUGUAGGUGCUGUUCACCCUGAGUUAUGAUUAUUUUUUUUUCUAUGGGUGUAAACUGCCUCAGCCCUUUGAUUUUUAAAAAAUAAUCAAAUAUAGAGUAAUUUUCAGAAUUUACCACUAAUGGUAAAAGACAUCUGAGCGACAGCCUAAAAUUGAGGCUCAGUCAAAAGAUUGAUCUGGCCAUAACACGUGUAAAUAAACAAACACCUAACCAUAUAUUUGUAAUAUAAUGCAUAGUGUUCGUCUCCCAAUGUUAGGAUGUUUCUUUAAUUUUUUUUUCAUGAUUAAUUUAUGAUAUUUUAAGUUUGUAACAGUGUUGGAAUCCUGCAA